AUGGCUUCUCUUCUCCCAAGCUCGCGCCCCUUUACUUCGAGAAGUAGCGCCUCUUCCUCCUCUAUUGCUGACCCCGCGUCUCGCUCCCCUGCGUUCGCGCGCUGCCCCUCGCCUCCGCGCGCCAGCUCUAUUUCCCGCGCUGCCUUGCGGAAAGCAGAACAACGCACCCCAUUCGCGGAAUCCCCUUGCGCUCACGCGCGGAAAAAUCCUUCCGCCAACGCUGCCCCCGCGGCCGGCGCGUCGAGCUACUCAUCCGUCGCCAGCGACGAAUCUCGACCGUCCGAUCUCGUCGAAACCCCCUCUUGCCCGCUUCCGCCAAUGGCUGAUCCGUCCGAUGCGCUCGUGCUGGCGUUGCACGAAGUCGAGGCCGUGAAAUUCGGCAGUUUUAAGCUCAAAAGCGGGAUCUGGUCGCCGAUUUACAUAGAUCUGCGCGUGAUUGUAUCGUAUCCGAAGCUGCUGCAGCAGGUCGCGGAUGCGAUGUGGGCGCUCGUGUGCCCGUCGGUUGUCGGCGAGUCCGACGCCGCUGCGAAAUUCGACAACGUCUGCGGCGUGCCGUACACCGCGUUACCCAUCGCCACGGCCAUUUCGCUUUCGCGAAACGUGCCGAUGGUCAUGCGAAGGAAGGAGGUGAAAGGGUACGGAACGAGGAAGGCCAUCGAAGGGGCCUUCGAGACCGGCCAGCAUUGCCUCGUUAUUGAGGACCUCGUUACAAGCGGAGCAUCUGUUAUGGAAACUGUAGAACCACUUAACGAAGUCGGGUUGAAAGUAACCGACGUGGUUGUCCUUAUCGAUAGGGAACAAGGCGGCGCCGCCCAUCUGGCGGCACGGGGGCUGCGGCUCCACGCGGCGCUGACGCUGACACAUGUCGUCACGGCAUUGGUCAAGCACGGCAAGCUGACCAGUGACGUGGCUGAAUCCGUCAGCAAAUUCAUCGCGGAAAACCAAACCGCAAACCCCGCCGCAGCCCCCGCCGCCGCCCCCACGGUUCCUGUGACGGUUACCCCUGUAACCGCCGCCCCUUCGCGAAAGUCGUACGCCGCUCGCGCGGCCCUGGCGAAGAACGACGUGGGGAGGCGGCUGUGGGAGAUCAUGGAGCGGAAAAAGACAAACCUGUCCGUGGCUGCUGACGUGGAGUCGGCGGAAGAGCUGCUCAAACUGGCGGAAACGGUGAGCAGGCGCGGGGAGAGGAACGGGGCGAGCGGAACGUUUGGGGGGAGGGGGAAGAAAGUGGGGGGGGUGGGGAUGGAUAGAGGGGGUGGGAGAAGGGGAGCGAAGGUGAAAGGAACAAGGGAGAGGGUGGGAGGAGGGCAAGUAGGGGGUAUCGGGUCGGAGAUCUGUGUGCUCAAGACCCACGUGGACAUUCUCCCAUGGUCCACUCGCGUGCCCCCUUCGCCUGCCCAUCCAUACCCUAACCCUGCUUGUACUGCCCACCGCCCCCUCUCACAGAUCGGGUCGGAGAUCUGUGUGCUCAAGACCCACGUGGACAUUCUCCCAGACUUCACUCCCGAGUUUGGCAAGCGCAUCCGCGAGAUCGCCACGCGUCUGGACUUCCUGGUGUUUGAGGACCGCAAGUUUGCUGACAUUGGUAACACGGUUACCAUGCAGUACGGCGGAGGAAUCUACCAGAUCUCCGAAUGGGCUGACAUAAUCAAUGCCCACGGCGUGCCGGGGCCAGGCAUCAUCCAGGGACUCAAGCAGAAGGGCGGCUCUCUCUUGCUACUGGCAGAGAUGAGCUCAGCCGGAACCCUGGCCCACUCCACCUACACGGCCUCCACUUUACGAAUGGCGCUCACCGAUCCGGACUAUGUCAUCGGCUUCAUCUCCAUGCACCCGGGGGGCUGGCGCACCGGUGCCACUGCCGCUGCCGCUGCUGCUGGUGGGGCGUGUGAGGAGCUGGCGGCGGCAGUGAGGGAGGCGGAGGCGGCAGGGGUGUGGGAUACCCUGGUGCACAUGACGCCGGGCGUGCAGCUGGCCGCUGGUGGGGACGCGCUGGGGCAGCAAUACAACACUCCAGGCGCGGUGAUCAAGCAGCGGGGGUCUGACAUCAUCAUAGUGGGCCGGGGAAUCAUAAAGGCGGCUGACCCUCUGGAAGCUGCCAGGAAGUAUCGCGAGGCGGGGUGGGCGGCGUAUGAGGAAAGCCUUGCUGCAGCUGCUGGUGAAGGUGCUGCAGUCUAG